CGUUAAACCUCUUCAAAGAAAACAGAAAUACAAAUUAAUAGGAUUACAAUGUAACCGUACAUAAUUUUUAUACACGUAUUGGAUACAAAUACACUUAUAUAAGUAUACUUAUAUAAUGUUUUGAUACAAUUUUUGAUACAAUUUACUGACUGAGAUUUUCGUACGCAUUAUUCUUUUUCAAAGAAAACUGAAAAUCAAUAGGUUAUAUAAUUAUGAUGUAACCUCAAUCCUAAAUGUUCGUGCUUCUGAUACAUGUAUGACUUUAUUUGAUUGUUGGGUACAUGUAUGUUGACUUCAAUAAUUAAAAGGCGAUCUGACACAAUAGACUACAAACAUUGAAUACAAAGAUUAAUGGAAACUGCAACAGUUAUCAAUAUGAUAAACAACAAUUGUUCGAACUGUGAAAAUAUAUCAGCUCCCGUUGCCAACAAGUGCUAUCCUUGGGUGGAGGAUGAAUUCCUUGGUCGCAAUUAUACGCUGGAUGACGUGAACAGUGUUGUGAUGCGAAGAAAUUACGCCGGAAUUACUUUUCUAGGAAUCGUUAUAGUGUUAGGCCUAAUUGGUAAUGGCCAUGUGUUAUAUGUAUUCAGCAAAAGAACAUACAAAUCAAAUUCAAUCAAGGAUAGCAUUCACGUCAAUUACAGAAUUUUUAUUCUAUGGCUUUCAGUUCUCGGUGUUAUUCAAUGUGCCGUUGUUUCGCCAUUGCUAAUCGUAUACCUAGUAUACCCCGUGACUUAUCCAUCAAACGUAUUGUGUAAAAUAUUCCGAUUCAUUGUAUACUUCGUACCGGAAGCUAUAAGUCUAACGUUAAUUGCAAUAGCAAUCGACCGGUACCUAGUCAUUUGUCGUACAUUCGAAAAUAAACUGACAGAAAAGCAUUCCAAAUUGAUGUGCCUUGCGACUAUGAUUGUUUCUCUUGUAUUUUCAUGGCCAGCACCGAUUGUUUUCGGAAAUGGCGAAACAGAAACAGGAAUUCCUGGUUUGACUGGACACCGAUGUUAUCUUGAAGAUGAAUCGAUCACCAAGAUUCAGCAGCUAUAUCAAGUCAUUUUAGUUAUGUUUUUCUUCGUUAUUUUGUUUGUUUUGUUGAUACUGUAUACCAAAGUUCGAAGAGAUUACAAAGAGCUUUUACAGUUUAGGCGUACUUCAAGACGAUAUUCUACAACAACACCAAAGGCUUUUAAACAGAGGCUAGAAAAUCAAGAACAGCAGCGUGUUUGGAUUUACGCGUCCGUUACCAUUGGUUACGUUGUGAGUGCAUUACCGUAUCAUAUUCUAGCAAUUCUAUUUUUUGCAGGAGUAAUUGUUGACUGUGAUAUGAGUCUCCCGGAAUCUGAAUUGUUUUAUCUAUUUAUUUGGUCGUACUUUUUCAGUCCGGUGAUUAAUCCUAUAUUCUAUGGUUUCCAAGAUGACGGGUUUAGAUUGUCAGUUCUAGCAAUUUACAAACGUUCAAAAAAGUCUGUAAGGCUGCGUCUAUAUGACAGAAAAAGUUCGAAUGGACAUAUUUCAAAUGGAAAUGAGGACUUUGACAAAUCUCGUGAACUCAGUAAAAGCGGAAGUCAAAUUCUAACAGAAUUGUCAACAGAGGAUGAUUUUUGUGCCGACAUCAAGCCUCAAUCUGAGCUCAAAAAUAUCAUGAGAAACAUUGCAGCAUUUACUGUUGAUAGUAGUACCGUUAUAUUGGAAGAAGAUGAGAACAAAAAUUCAGUUCAUAUCUAAUAUGGAUGAUGCUAGUUUUCACAAUCUAGCCGAUUUUAACCCCCCAAUAUGUCAGUUUUUACAAUCUAGCCGAUUUUAACCCCCCAAUAUGUCAGUUUUUACAAUCUAGCCGAUUUUA